GUAGAAUUUAUAUAUUACAUGCAUGAGGUCGUGAACCAACACGUAAUAUUAUUACUCAACAUCACAAUCUUGAAGCACAUGCAGAAGUCAAUGUCGAAUUUUCUAAAUGGAACCACUUCCUUGUGGUUCUUCCUAUUUAUGCUAGCAUUGUUCACCACCAUAGCUAGUCUUUUAUUAUCAAAAUUGAAUACCAAAAGUAAUUUAGCAAAAAAAAACUCACCCCCUUCUCCUCCAAAGCUUCCAAUAAUAGGAAAUUUGUACCAAUUUGGCACCCUCACACACCGCACUCUCCAAUCCUUGGCUCAAACCUAUGGCCCUUUAAUGCUACUUCACUUUGGAAAGGUUCCAGUUCUUGUUAUCUCAAACGCCGAAGCGGCGCGUGAGGUUCUGAAAACACAAGACCACGUUUUCUCCAACAGACCAAAGCUUAAGAUGUAUGAGAUUUUCUUGUAUGGUUUCAGAGGUGUUGCAUCUGCUCCAUAUGGACCCUAUUGGAGGCAAGUGAAGAGUAUCUCUGUCUUGCAUCUUCUGAGUCCCAAAAAGGUUCAAUCUUUUCGUGAAGUGAGGGAAGAGGAACUUGUGGCAAUGAUAGAGAAAGUUAGGCUAAGUUGUUGUUCUUCUGCCUCCUUAAUGAAAGUACUGAACUUGACCAAUUUGUUGACUCAAGUUACUAAUGAUAUAGUGUGUAGGUGUGUUAUUGGAAGGAGAUGUGAUGAGAGUGAGGUUAGGGGGCCAAUAAGCGAGAUGGAAGAGUUGUUGGGGGCUUCAGUUUUGGGGGACUAUAUACCUUGGCUUCAUUGGUUGGGAAGAGUUAAUGGGGUCUAUGGUAGAGCAGAGAGAGUGGCUAAAAAGCUUGAUGAAUUUUAUGAUCGAGUUGUUGAGGAGCAUGUUAGUAAGAGAGGCCGUGAUGAUAAGCAUUAUGGGAAUGAUUUUGUGGACAUUUUGCUGUCCAUUCAGGCCACAGAUUUCCAGAAUGAUCAAACAUUCGUGAAGAGUUUGAUCAUGGAUAUGUUAGCUGCAGGAACCGAUACCAUCCUUGCAGUCAUAGAGUGGGCUAUGACAGAACUCUUGAGACACCCAAAUGCGAUGCAAAAACUACAAGAUGAGGUGAGAAGCGUGGUGGCCACCGGGGAAGAGGACCGAACUCACAUAACCGAAGACGAUUUGAAUGACAUGCCAUACUUAAAAGCAGUCAUCAAAGAAACUCUGAGAUUACAUCCUGCAACUCCCGUAUUGAUUCCAAGGGAAUCAAUGCAAGACACCAAAGUGAUGGGUUAUGACAUUGCAGCUGGCACACAAGUACUAGUUAACGCGUGGGCGAUUUCGGUGGAUCCUUCAUAUUGGGAUCAGCCUCUGGAGUUUCAACCAGAGAGACACUUGAACAGUUCAAUUGAUAUCAAAGGACAUGAUUUUCAAUUUAUCCCUUUUGGAGCUGGAAGGAGGGGGUGUCCUGGAAUAGCAUUUGCCAUGCUUCUGAAUGAGUUGGUCCUUGCAAACAUUGUGCACCAAUUUGAUUGGGCAGUUCCUGGUGGACUUUUGGGGGAAAAGGCAUUGGAUUUGUCUGAAACUACUGGAUUGUCUGUUCACAAAAAAUUACCACUUAUGGCACUUGCGUCACCUCAUCAUCUGUCACAAAAUUAACUAGUGGAUCAGUUAUGUGUUCUGAUCAUAAUCUUUCUGUUAUCUAUCAAUUAUGCCAAACUUAAUUUGCCAGUGUUUCUGUUAGAGAUUUUUAACUAGUUUUCUACUCAUAAAAGAUCUGGAGUAUUCUCAAAA